AUGGCUUCCGCAACCAGCAAAUCGGAAUCGAAUCAUGAAACCAAACAAACCCAAAACUCGAAAACCCCUAAAAAUCUCUACCAAAUCGGAGGGCUUCAAGUUGAAUUCCCUUAUCAGCCGUACGGGACGCAGCUUGCGUUCAUGAGCCGGGUCAUUUCCACGCUCGAUCGCGCCCAGAGAGACGGUCACUGCCACGCUUUGCUCGAGUCUCCCACCGGUACUGGUAAAUCUCUGUCCUUGCUCUGCUCGGUUCUCGCUUGGCAGCAGAGCUACAAAAAGCGGUUUCCCAAAGUCAAUUUGCCUGGUUCGAAUGCUGGAAGUGGAUCUAAACCGGAGGCACAACCCCCAGAUACUUCUUUACCUAGCAAUGUGGGGCCAACUCAACCUGAAGUUCCUACGAUAUUCUAUGCUUCACGAACUCAUGCUCAGAUCACUCAAGUCAUUAGAGAGUAUCGGAAAACUGGUUACAGAGUUCCCAUGGCUGUAUUGGGUUCACGUAAACGUUACUGUACCAAUCCUAAAGUACAGGGGAAAGAGAAUGUAGACGAAAAAUGUCGGAUGCUUCUUAGAGAUAAGAAGAAGGAAAACGCAAAAUGUGCCGAGUUCAAACGCGUCGAUCAUGUCUUAGCUGACCCAUCACUUCAGCGCAAUGGGGUUCAUGAUAUUGAAGAUCUUGUAAAAAUUGGAAAAACUGUUAGAGGCUGUCCAUAUUAUGCUUCUUGGAGACUGGAGGAGGUCGCACAAUUGGUUUUUUGCCCUUAUUCCUAUAUAAUUGAUCCUGUUAUUAGAGGAGGAAUAAAUCUGACAGGAGCUAUCAUAAUCUUUGAUGAAGCACACAAUAUGGAAGACAUUGCUCGUGAAGCAGGAAGCAUUAACUUGGAAGAAGAGACUCUUUUUAAAUUGCAGAAGGAACUAGAACAGGUGAGUGAGGAGGACCAAGAGACAUAUCAACCGGCAUGUUACAUAGUAGAGGGAUUGAUAAGCUGGAUUGGGAGAAAAAAGGAUUCUCUAGCAAAACGUGAUUCUGAGCACUAUUUCUCUGGCUGGACUGGAGACAAAGCUUUAAGAGAGCUUAAGGAAUGUCGCAUCACUCGAGAAUGCUUGGAAUGUUUUCAGAUGGCGAUCACAAGCUCAGAGGCAGCAGAAACGGAACCAGAUAUGCCUUAUUUGAGUGGGACAUCUCUCACGACACUAAAAGGAGAUCCUUCUGAAACCUGGACGCAUACUUUCAGUUUAUGGUGCUUGAAUCCGUCUUUUGUGUUCAAAGACUUGGCUGAUCUUUCUUUAUCUAUCAUUUUAACAUCUGGGACAUUGUCACCGAUGAAUUCUUUCUCAUCUGAACUUGGGAUGCAGUUUGGGACUAGUUUAGAGGCUCCACAUGUGAUUGAUGCUAAUCUUCAGGUGUGGGCUGGUGGAAUCUCCAGCGGUCCUGGUAACUUUCCACUUAAUGCAAGUUAUAAAACAGCUGAUGCAUUGACAUUCCAGGAUGCUCUAGGGAAAUCGUUGGAGGAGAUUUUCAAUACUGUACCAUGUGGCGCUCUCGUAUUCUUUCCAAGCUAUAAGCUGAUGGAAAAACUCAGCACGCGUUGGCAGGAAACUGGACAAUGGUCUCGACUUUGCUCCAUAAAGGAGAAUUUUAUUGAACCAAGAGGAGGAGCCAAGGACGACUUCGAUGCUGUUUUGAAGGGAUAUUAUGACUGUAUACGCGAAAAGAAAGGAGCUGCAUUUCUUGCUGUAUGUAGAGGCAAGGUUUCAGAAGGACUUGAUUUUAGUGAUGACAAUGCCAGGGCAGUGAUACUUAUUGGCAUUCCAUUUCCAAACUUGCAUGAUAUUCUAGUGGAACUAAAGAGAAAAUAUAAUGAUACUUACAAAUCAUCUAAGAACCUUCUUGGAGGGAGUGAGUGGUAUUGCCAACAGGCUUAUCGUGCAUUAAACCAAGCAGCAGGGCGAUGUAUCCGGCAUAGGUUUGAUUAUGGUGCCAUCAUAUUUUUAGAUGAACGAUACAGACAACCAAGGAACAGAGCGUCUAUUUCAAAGUGGCUAAGGCAAUCUAUCAAUCUGUAUGAUAGUUUUGAAUCUUCAAUGGAAGGCUUAAAGUCUUUUUUCAACACUGUCAAGGAACGAGUUGACAGUAAGAUGUUAGGUUCCCAAGAUAGUACUGUUGAGCAGAAACCAAAGAUAUCUGAAAUUUCGAGAUCCAUGCGGCAACCUGGUUUGAACAAUGGAACCUCCAUUUCAGAGUUAUCGUCUCCACCUGCUCAGACAUUCAUUCGAGUUAAAGAGGAACCUAAAUGCUACAAAUACAAAGAAGUCAUUGACCUUGAGUGUGGUGUUCAACCUGAGCCUGCAGGGUGUUGUGAGGUGUCGUCGGUGACCAACUGUGAUGAAGAUCCAGAAACUUCUUUUGUUAGGGGAACCUCUUGUAUGAUCAAAGGUUGUUCAGCAGCCAGUUCGUGUUCUUGCUCGAAGAAUGAAAGCUCGAGCUCAGCAACAGGUUUUAGAUCUCUGAGGUCUCCUGAUCAGUUCUUAAAGCAGCAUAGAUCUACUGCAAGUUUCAGAAAAACUCCUCUUGGAGCUGAAUCGUCUGUAACUCCAGAGAGACAUUCCAUUGGUGAUUUGACUCCAGAAGCAGAGUCAUCUUAUAAAAAAAGUGUUAAUUCCCAUGCUCUGAAGAGAAGAAAGUUUAUUAGCUCUCCAGUCAUCAUUGAUCUUGAAGAAGAAGACAACAGUAAUGAUCCUAGUACUAGACCAGCGGAUCACACGAGUUUCACAAGAAGAAUUGAAUUUGGGUUUGGUGGUAACGAACCAAGAUCCCAAAACUACAAUGUAUCUUGUUCUAUCUGCAGAAGUCCUUUAGGUCACCCUGAGAGCCACUCAUACAUCAGUUGCUCCUUGACUUCGUCGUCCAAAACGUAUUUGAUGUCUCUGCUGAAAGAAACAUCAGGAAGUGGUUCUUCAGAAAUGCCAACAAGUGUUUCAGUUGUCAUGACAGACAGCUCAUUGGUUAAUCAGAGACUCUGCAGAAGUUCUGAAGGCUCAAAAGCUAUUUGGUGCGACGAAGAUGGAUGUGUUUUCAAUUCUAUCUUCUGCCCUUUCUGCAAUAUCCCAAACACUUGUCUUGGAGUCCAAGUCAUGGCAACUGAUUCGUCAAAUGUCCAGUUUAUGAGAAAAACUUUGUUCUUUGCUGAUCAAGUAGAUGUCACAGAAGUUGAUGCAAGCAAGGAAACAGCGUUAAAGCAUAAGUUGAGAUUGCCAAAGCAAGAGGACCCAGAAAACUAA